AGAUUCUAUGGAUGAAUUCUUUGAGUAUGAGGCGGAGGACUUCCUGGUAUACCUGGCUCUACUGGUUACAGAAGGGCGCACACCUGAACAUUCGGUAAAAGGCAGAACAGAAGGUCUCCACUGCCCUCCAGCACAUUCUAGUCAGCCUGGACCCAACAAGCAUGAAUGCAGUGAUAAGUUGGCCCAGUGUCGUCAAGCUAGAAAAACUAGGUCUGAGGUCACCCUGCUGUGGAGAAAUGAUAUUCCCAUCAUGGUGGAGGUGAUGCUGCUACCAGACUGUUGCUAUAGCGAUGAAGGUUCAGGCACAGAAGGGAAUGUUUUAAAUGAUCCUGCGAUGAAACAAGAUGCCCUCUUGCUGGAGAGGUGGACCCUGGAGCCAGUUCCUAGACAGAGUGGAGAUCGUUUCAUUGAAGAAAAGACCCCUGCUGCUAGCAGUCCGUUCCUAUGUUUUCUUUUCCCAGCUGAGCGCCUGGUUGAGUGUCUCCCAUGGGGCUGUACCACGUAACAUCCUUUACAGAGUAAGUCCGGCUGAUGGAGAACUGCAAUGGAAUUUUACACACACCCCAACUGAGCAUGUGUUUCCUGUUCCCAAUGUCUCUCACAAUGUGGCCUUGAAAGUCAGUGUCCAGUCUUUGCCUAGACAAUCCAGCUAUCCAGUGCUGAACUGUAGCAUCCAUAGUGAUCUUGGCUUCUAUGAGAAGAGGUUCUCCACACGUGAGCAGAGUGUUCUUCCGCCACGAGAGCUGAAGGAGAGCAGGCAGUAUGGUGUCCUCAAUUCUCAGCAUUCUUGUAGCAAGCAGACGUGGACUGUUGGACCUGAAGGUUUAAUGCAAGCUAAGACAAGUCUAAGCAUGAAUCUCACUAUUCCUGGCAGAAGUGUCAAGUUAAUAUCUGGGAGUGGGAGUGGUUAUGACAUUGGGACAUCACCAUCAAAGGUUCAAGGUUUCAGUGUGAUCAGCGAGUUAAAGGGAGCUCCACCAGACUCUCCUGUUCGAAAUUUUAAAUCCCUGUCUUUGGUUGAUACACCUAAUAAUCCGCACGCAAACCAGCCAACCGAGACCAACCCCCUGAUAGGCACCUUAAUUCAAGAACGUCAAGAAGUCAUAGCGAGAAUUGCACAACAUUUGCUACAGUGUGAUCCAGCAAAUACGCACAUAGCUAAUCGUUCUUUCAAAUUGCACGACUCCAGCACUAUAUGUUCUAAAAUAUUCCGAAACCAAUCUGAAGAUGAAAAUUUUAACAAAAUAGAGCGAGAAACACCUGUCCUUAAUACUUUCAGUUCAGACUUGACUCUAACCCCUGACAGCCUGGAUAGAAAACUGAAACCAUCUUUAGAUACACCCAUCGCUUCCUCUCGCCACAGUCUGGAAGGUAGAACCUCACCAAAACCACAAGCUAGAAGGAAACUUAUUUUAAUUCAACCUAGUGAACAAGUUUUUAACUCCUUUCAGAGUUUUGCAAGUAAACACACACCACCUGCACUAUCUGUAUCCACAAGAGAAAAUUCAGUUGCGCUUCCUGAAAUAGGUGACUUGAAACAAGGUGACCAGACAGAAAAAAAUACCAAUAAAGUAACCCACAUCUCACACCAUAGUAUGACAAAUGUCCACAUAUGCAGCAGCAACAACAAGCAAACUGAAAACCGAAGCAGAGACAGUUCUCAAGGUGAUUUCUGUAAGAAUUGUUCACGAAGUGUAGUGGCACUGAAAACCUGUGCGGUUAGCCAAGUAUCAGAGCCUAAAUGUACAGAGAAUAACACAUGGAAAGCACAAGGGUCUGAUCAUACUAAUCAACUUCAUAGUAUAGAAAAUUAUGUCAGUUCGGAACGCGAUGGUUUAAAACUCAGAGAGACCCAGGACAAACUGAAGACAACCCAUGAUGAGAACGAGGAUCCAGCCAAGUGUGACUGUGCCGCACAAGAGCAAGGAAAGGCCACCAAGAGUUGUUCGAGAUGUGAACGGCUGAAGAAUACAGAACAAAAGAAAUCUGUACCAUUGCGGACAUCCAAUAAUUGGAGGAAGAAGGGUUUCCACUCACUAGAUGGGACUUCGUCCAAAGCCUUCCACCCUUGCACAGGUUUACCUUUACUCUCAAGUCCUGUUCCACAAAGAAAAACACAGUCAGGGUAUUUUGAUCUGGACACUUCCUUACUACAAUUUAAAGGUUUAUCCACAAGGAGACGACGUCACUGUGAGAAAAAAGUAGUGAGUUCAGAGUGCAGUAUCGACCGACAACUCAGUUGCAGUGCUCCACCUGCACCUUGUCUUAGCCUUCUGGGAAAUUUUGAGGAGUCUGUUCUAAAUUCUAGAUUUGAACCUUUGGGCAUAGUUGAGGGUUUUACAGCAUCUGUUGGGGCAAGUGGCGUUUUCUGCCCAACCCAUACGACAUUGCCCAUCAAGGUGUCUUUCUACAGUGUUUCAGAUGACAAUGCUCCCUCUCCAUACAUGGGUUACAUUACACUGGAGUCUCUUGGCAAGAGGGGUUAUCGCAUACCUCCUUCUGGAACCAUACAAGUGACCUUAUUUAAUCCAAACAAGACUGUGGUGAAGAUGUUUGUGGUGAAAUAUGACUUGCAAGACAUGCCAGCCAAUCACCAGACAUUCCUCAGACAAAGAACAUUUUCUGUUCCUGCAAAUCGUAAUAAGGGGACAAACCCUGAGAACAACAUAAAGACAGAAGAGCGGACAUUACGUUACCUCAUCCACCUGAGGUUCCAGAGUUCUAAGUCGGGAAAGAUCUACCUCCAUAGAGAUGUGCGGCUUCUGUUUUCUCGGAAGUCCAUGGAAGUUGACAGUGGGGCAGCAUAUGAACUGAAAUCUUACAUAGAAACUCCAACAAACCCUCAGUUUUCACCCAGAUGUUGA